GAAUUGCAUGGGCAUAGGAAAAAUGGUAACGAGUGUAAAGUUGGUCAGUUGGCCAUAAUCAACGAUAAAAAGAAACUUGACUUGGUACAAAGUAAACUUAAUAGCCUAUCCACUUUGGGAAAUAAAACUUUUUGGACUGGAGUCGUGAGGUGAGGGAAAUAUAUCACUGCAUAAUUUGACAAAUAUGUUUUCAUAUUUUACCAAAGAUUUCAAUUAGAAUAAACUAUAAUUAUAGUCGGUUGAUUACGUCCAUUAGCGGACUCCCUCUAUUAAGCACGUCCAGGAAGUAAUUAAAGUCCUCAAUUAAUAAUUGUAGGAAGGAAUUGUAAAUAAAAUCCCUGACUAAACAGAAACUUCCAUCAAGCGGCCGUGGCCACCUUUUGGUCAUCCCUACGAGAAUUCUCCUUGUUCUCAAUUUUGUUGUCAGUCACACCUCUAUUAAGCGGUCAUGAAGCCAUUGAUAGAGGGUUUCAAUGGUGCUAACCGUCAGCCGGCAAACGGCCUAAAAUUUAACCGUCAACCUGAAAAAGGGUAAAUAUAUUCUACCGCAAAUCGUCAAAAAUGCAGAUUAAUAUUAAUUAACCGUCAAAAAGUUUUUUUCAAAACUUUUCUCUAUAAUUUCAGCUGACACUCUCGGACUUCGGACUCCUGAAGAAUCUCUAAACUGCAAAAUUCAGUCCCCAUGUUGUCAGUCAACAACACACUCUCCAGACAUUACAAGACCUUAAAAUUUCCUUAUAUCUGAAAAUAUUUCGAAAUUUGAAAAACAAAAGGCCAAACAAGGCAUCCUCCAAGACACAAAAGUUGAUAGUAAUUUAUACAGAAAUUAUUACCUAAUGUUCACCGCGCGCAUCAACCGUCAAAAGUUCUAAAAUUUAACCGUCAACCGUCAAAAUUGGAAAAAACUUAACCGUCAACCAUCUCAGCUGCCACCCAAUAAUGAGACCCUCUAGAUACACUAAGUUUGGCUCAGUUUAUGUCAAAAAGUAAGACGAAUGAAAAAACAGUCCGAGACAGAAGGCGACGGAAAAUUACUAUUAAUAGCCUAUGAUGUCGAAUUACUGUCUGAAUUUUUUCUCCGAUCACAAAGUUGUGACCUGCAGACUGUUGCCCAAAGCCGCAUGCCUCUAAAAUUCACGUCACGCACCGAUCAACUAAGCUCCUGACUGCUGAUGUUCUGGGCGACGUUGUGCUGAAACAACCUUUCGUGAAAGACCUGAAAGUUCUAGACGCUGUUAACCUGACAACAUUAGUCACUCAAUACAAUACAGACCUGGAAAAUUAAAGAUCUACAAUGAUCUCGCCCCUAGAGAUCCCGUCAUGGAUAACCCAUCGUCCACAUGCACCUAGAUGGUACAAUAAUUAUCUCCGUUUGGCCAAGGGCAUGAAACAGAGAGCAGAGCGUAUGUUCAGGAAAAAUCAGUCUGGAAGUACAUAGAGGAAUUUUUGAAGACAUGCAACAAAUACCAAAAGCCACCGGAGUUUCGUAAACCGUCUUUCAAAACUAGGAAAGAGCAAGGAGAAAAAAAAUUAACUUUCUUACUAUCAUCGACAAACUUUUCAGCCUGGUAGCACAACCAUGCCACAUGCAUAUUUGGAAACACUGGUAGAAGAUUUUUUAAAUGACUUCCAUCUUUAUUGUAAACAUCCAAUCCAUUAGGAACGAACUUCGUUCAUGAAAAUGCAGUUAACCUGAUUCAAUGCAAUCUCAGCGUCCGCCUUUAACUUGAUUCCUGUAUCCUGCUCUCCGUUAAGAACCCCUUUCAGUCUUUUUCCACAAAAAAAAUGUUGCAUGUAAUAAAGAAUAACGUCGAUUUGUUAUCUCCUAUGAUGACUAGCAUAGUCAAUCCGUAUCUGUCGAAAGAGGAGUUUCAAUCACACUUGAAGCUAUCACAUGUGCGUCCACGUCUGAAAAAGGAUGACCCCUAUAAGAAGAUUCUUAAGAACUACUGACCAGUGAUUAAUAGCGGAGCUCCACGCGAAGCGCCGCGCGUGGGCGGAGCCCCACAGCUAAGUAAAUUUACCCAUCCCAGAAAAUUUAGUAAUCAUGUGACCGUACACCGAGCGACCGAACGUCCGUCCGCACCACAGGGAAACCAAUGUUUACUCUCACACUUUCUCGAUAGUUUGGGAGCGCAAGACAAAACUAAUUGUACAUUAAUGUUGUGAUCAAUUGACAGCUAUCAAAACAGGGUAUAUGCUGACCAGUAACACCUGACCGUACCGCGGGCUCAAGUGUCCACCCAUCGAAGUCGAGUAUUUUUGAAGUUAUCCGCUGACAAAUUACCAGUUUCAAAUGAUCGCAGUCUCAAGUUUAUUUUUUCCAAUGAUUCAUCAGUCCGGAAUAUCCCUAAAUUUAAGGACAGGGCCAGCUGGUCACGCGACACUUUUCAACCAAUGAGAAGGCGCGCUUGUGUUUAUCAACAAACAAAUCAAACAUCGCCCCAGUGCUCAAAAAUUUUCAAAACAACGGACGGAGUCGACGGACAGAAUUACCGUACCGUACCGUACCUUACAGUACUCGUCUAGGUUUCACAUUUAAUAUUUCAAAGAAAACAUUUCAUGUAAGAGAAUCAGAACAUUAUUCAUUGCAAGGAAUCAUUGGGGUACUCGAACUGUUUCCGGACCGAUCGCAGUGGUCGUGGCUUCACUGGCAUGGCUUGCAAGAUUUUUGAUAGAAACAAAAUGGUCCCGUGUAAAAAUAGCCUUAUAGAGAGUGUGAAAAUUUGUUGAGAUCAUACAAAACAGGAUCGGUACUACCUAUUAGCUUCUACAGGACAAGAAUCAAAGAACCAGUCGUCAUAACAAGAGUAAAAAGGAGUUCAAAUUUAUUAAUUUUUCUUGUUUGUUUUUUGGUGUUGUUUCGUGUUGACUUCACGCAUCUGGUGCUUUCCUUGCUUGCUGUAGUACCUGCACUAUUUUAAUUUGAUCCCAGAUUCAGUGCCUGUUCAAUGACUAGCGAAAUACAUCAUUUACAUUCGAAAUUUGCCUUCUUUCUUUGAUUGUUUUUUAACGGUGGUUGAACAUUUGGAGAAUCCAGCAACAUUAAAUCUUUCCAGAUUUGGUGAAUUUCAGAAACAAAGCCGUUAGUAUCUACCUUGCGCUUAUGAUCUUCAAUUUCGGCAAAGUGAGGCGAGAUGUUGGACGUGAAUAUCCAUAAGACUAAUAAAGUUGUUCUGGCCCUGGAAAAGAAAAAAGGCGAAGGCUCAUACUAAUGCGAAAAAAAGUAAUAACACGGCUCUGUGAGAAACCCGGGAAUGGAAAACGUACGUGAUUUGGACCUCGGAAUUCAAAACUGGUCUACCAAAAUUCUAGGUUGUCUACCAUCCCCACAAUCGAUAUGACAAUCAAGGACAAAUAUCUAGAACUUCGUAAAAAAAAAAUCUGUGAAUCGAAAAAAUAAUAGAUACUUGUUCACCUACCUUGAAAACCGACCAAAAUCUCGCCCAUACAUCGCGUUGUUUAAAAGAAGAAAUAAGGCACAAAAUGUGCUGAAUAUUUCACGAGACACUUCCAAUAUGGCUUCCGAUACGCUGUCCACUUAAAAAAAAUUGUGUAUGCCUCAUGAAAAGUCUUAAAAAUAUGCCUGAGAGCCUCGAAACGAUGACUGAUUUUGUCCCACUCCGUCCGCUGUUUUGAAAAUAUUUGAUCACAGCAGCGAUGUUUGAUCAUGUUUUGAUUUGUUUUUUGAUAAACACAAGCGCCUUCUCAUUGGUUGAAAAGUGUCGCAUGAUCAGUUGGCCCUGUCCUUAAAUUUAGGGAUAUUCCGGACCGUUCAUAUCAAAUAUGUAGUGUUUAUGUCACUAUGGCCCUGCACUAUUAGGAUUUUGAUUUCAAACUGACCUCGGAGGCGAAAAUUCAGCUGGUUUUUUUUAAAUACAGGCGGGGAAGACCUUUUCUUACCAUGGUCACGCGUUGGUCACGCUCCACGUCCAAUUGUUAUGCUCUGAUUGGUCAAAAUUUGACAGGUGAGUUCAUGCGAAAAAAUUAUGCUGCAUCUUGAAAGUUGUUUACUUUGACAGCUAAGGUUGACAGAGUUGUGUGUCAACUUGUGAUGUUUUUAACAGCCUUCUCCCUCUGGAUGUACUAAAUGUUUAAUACAGCUGCUAUCAAGAGUCUUCUGUUAUUCAUGGCUGGUUUGUUUACUGGGUUUUUGGUUGAGAAAUGGACGCUUGUCAAAAUUCGGUUAUUCGAUUUCGGAUGGCAUCGUUUUCGUUUUUCACCUUGCUUAAUGGGUAAGACGGUUUAAAAGUCUCAAGCAACUGUGGCCUUCCUUAAUAGCUUUCAGGAACUGAAUUCUGAAUGGUAAGCCUGAGUAAUCAUUGCAUUUGAUGUUUGCUUUUGUUUUAUCUACUUUCAUGAAGUCGAGCACAGUUUAUGAGGCAAGUUUAUGCAUGUUUGUAGGAUUUGAGUCGAUGAUCUGGCCUAGUAUCAGGUUUGAUAUAAGCUUACAGAACUUUAAAAAGCCUUCAGAUAUAUUUUCUCACCGCAAAUAGAAAGAAAACGUUGCGGAGAAUAUUUAGUUAUAAAUUUGGCCGUAGAAAGAAAACUUUGAGCGAUUUUCUUGCUUCGAGGAGUUCAUCUUUGAAAACAGUAAACAUCGCGGCGGGAAGCUGGCUUCAAACAUAAACUUAAGCUUUACGCUUAAAGACUCAGGAUUUUUAUAGGCACUUUAACACUUGUCUUCGUGAAUGAAAAUUGUUGUCUCUGUAAAUGUUUCACCGAAUUAUAUUUCUUUUAUUGAUUGUUAGUAGUCUCUCUUGCAAUUUUAAUCGCUUGUCCUUGGCGUUUGUUUCAUCAUUCACGAACAUCGCUUGCAGGAGUGGAGUACUCAAAAAUGUCGCGCGUAUCAAACGCUUUAUAAGAUUACACAUCGUUAUAACUGAAACCAUAAAAUAACAAAAUUUAAUUAUAAUAAAUUCGUGAUUAUGCUGAAGCGUAACUCUAUUAAAGUUCAUUAAAACACUCGACCACACACUGACAGCUCGCACUAUCGAAAUGAGAACCGGCUGGCCGUAUGGGCGAUUUUGGAAAUUUCUUGAACGGUUUCACUAAAAGCCCACGAUUGAUCGUCCUGAAUAUUGACUGAGUGCAAUUUGUGUUGAAAAACUGUGAAAUACCGCAUUCUGUCCGAGGUCUGUAUGAUAAAUAGUACUGUUUCACCUCAGAUGUGAUGUAUAAAAAGUAUAAAAGGUUCGUUUACACGCCCACAGAUUUGUUGGCAAAUAUUUGAAAAGUACACCUGUCGAACGCAAAAAAAUUCGGCCUGAUUUGUUUUCCAAGAAUUUGUUUUCGAGGCCUAAUCUACUGUGAUCUUGAAUGUGAUCAAAGAUGUUUAUUAUUCACUCUAAAAUAACUUAGCCUUUCCCUCAAAAGUGACAUGAAUGUUCCUUUAAGUUAACUGAUAUGUAUAUGUGGAUUACAAAUUUAUUGUUUGAUUUAAAUUAUAAGUUUAUUAAUUGGAGCUUCGCUUUUAGCCCUGGCUAAAUCUAUAUAUUAUUCAUUUCCUUAGCAAAGUGAGAAAGUUGCAGCGACACAAACGUACAACUAUCUUGCAACUCACAAAUUUAUGCCCACUAUGCAGUUUGCUUAUAGGAAUCACCACUCGGAAAUGACCUUGCUCCGUGUAAUGAACCAGGUUCUAAGAUCGCCGCCAAGAUGUAGUAUUAGUACUCCUCGAUUUAUCUGCGGCCUUUGACACAAUUGACCAUGUGGUUCUGGUAGAAAGGCUCAAGUCCUACUUCGGUUUCUCAAAACUGACGGAAUCUGCUUCAGAUCCUAUCACCUUGAAAACCGUCGGCAAUCAAUUCAUGAUGAUUGGAGACCAAGUGUCCACUCCGUGCACUCUGUCCCGCAAGGGUCUAUACUUGGAGCGCUACUCUCUACCCUGUACAUGCUCCCUACAGGAUGCUAUUGCUCGCCAUAACCUGGAAACUUUGUUUUAAGCAGAUGACAGUCAACUGAAUCUAUCUAUCGAUCCUGCGAUUAGUCUCCGUCUCUGACUGCUCUCCAAAUUUGUAUAGAAGAUGUGAUGCGAAGGAACACGCAAAUUAUGCUAAGAAGUAAUGCUGAAAAGACAGAGGUUAUAUUGUUCACAUGCCGAUUUACCAAGACACCUAACAUUGAGAAGCUCUCUUUUGACAGUACUGUUAACGAACUAAUGCCGCGCCCGUGCUGUGUGUGUUACAUUGGAUCAUGUAACUAUAUGAUUUGAGUUUUCAAGUCUAGAUUUAAUUAUCUGUUUCAUGAUCAUCACUUUAACCGAGUGCUACGCGGCAGAACAUACAGUGUAUAAUGAAUAUUCCUUCAGAAAGUACUCUGUUGGGCAGCCUAUACCCAUGAUGUUGACCCCAUGUAUACUUUUGGGCUGUCAAGCAAGUGAAUUACAGUGGAACCGGCACUGAGGACACCCGCUUAAUACGGACAGUCUCAUCUAUCCCAACUUCAUAUGUUUUCUUUAAAUUCUUUCAAAUUAACCCAGGCUAAUACGUACAAUGCAUGACACUCUCAUAUCCUCAACCCCGCCCCGCUUUACGAGCACUCUAGUUAUCAAUGCAGCUUCUAUGACUAAAUAAUUAAUCUUACUAGCGAAAACACAACAAAAUUCAAAAUAUAGGUUCGUGGUCAAAAAUGAAUAAAAUCUUACAGGUCAAAUGAAUCCAAAAAAGUGCAAUAUUUUCUUUUGUCGCUUUACCUUCACCAAACACUAAAAAGAACCAUCCUAAGUGAGACUUGGGUAAAGAUUUUUCUUCCCAAGCCUUUAUAGAAAGAUAAAAGAUCAAAGUCCGAGCAUUUCCGAAAACUUUACGAAAACGUUUCUGAGAUGGCCGCGUGAUAGACUGGAGGCUACGUGACGUCAAUGUUGGUCUUUCAGGGCGGAAAAACCUUCUGCGCAAGCUUCUGCGCAUCCCUUAUUGCCUGCGUUUGUUUGUCUCGUUCUUUCACAGGCGGCCCAGACGUAGUAUGUGUCACUGAAUGAAUAUAUUAAUAUCCACAUGGACAAAUUAAUGCGAUGAGUCGUCGAAACUCCCAUGGACUAAAAUAGUCUAAAAGUCAAAAUAUAACAAAACAAAGCUAAGAUACCUUCAACUGAACGUAUCCCUGUCUUUCUUGGCCGGUUUAAGUGGCAUUUUGUUGAGUUUUGAAAUUAUAGGUACUAUCCACUAAAGAAGAAUUAAAGGCUGGCUACAAAACAAACAGACCAUCUCCACGCGCCUUCACACGAAGCGCUAUAAAUUCGAGAAUAAUCGACGAAUCCGCUCCAAAUAACCAUCGGCUAAUCUGCAGGUAACGUAUGCUCCUGCUUCUGGCUCGCUUGCUCCACAAAACCCAUCGCAACUGCACAAUAAUUGCUCGCUCAUCAACAACCACUGUUGACCUUUACGCUUCGAUAUGACCGCAAACGACCAGGUUUAAUACGCGACGUGAAUAUUCAAGCUUAGCGACCGCGUUCGCGCAACAAUGCAGCACUUGCUAUGGGAGGGAUGGUACUAUUGCUUCCAGGUCAAUCAAUCGGGAAAAUAAUAUUGAAGCCCUUGUAAUUUUUAAAAAGAUCCAGUUUGCCCAAGGAGCACCGAACAGAUACGAAUCUUAUAGCGGAGCUAAAAAAAAUGAGCGGCAGUGGAAAAAGUGAACAAGAACAUGUACCACAUUUUCUCCAUAAAAAGUGAAAACCAGGAAGUUUUCUGGACGUUUCACGUUGCAGUCAUGCAAAUCAACGGCAAGGAAAUGUACAAGAAAGUGUGCUGCAAUUAGACCUAUUGUUGUUUUUCACAGUUCUGGUCAAGGGCAUCCAACUUUUAAUUUUUCACAUUUCACUCACCGGGUUAGGCUUUUUUUCGUAGAGAGUAAAAUGGAAUCCUAAAAUUUUCGGAUUCAAAAAUGUGAUGAAAGAAGGUAUCUGAAAAAUUAUCUCCUUCGUAAUACGUUAAAUUGCAUCUAAAAUGUUCGAGAAAAUAAUUCUGAAUUCCUCGUAAUUUCGAAAAGACUCAAGUUCCUCUAGAAUGGCCGAACACUGAGAUGCAAAUUUUAUAGCGCCACUUAGAAUGCAUUUAUAUAGAGCUAAAAGUACUUUAUGAAUAGCUACAGAAGUGUUUUCAAUUGAAAGUAUUUGAGGAAACAGUCGUUGGGUGGCCCUGUCUCGUUGCCUUCUCCGCUUAGCAUUACACGAUAUAUUUUAUAUUUAGUAUGAGCAAACUAUAAAUCAUUAGCUUCGCUUUUAGCCCAACUGACUAAAUUUAUGUAAGCGCUGUUUAGAAUGCAUUUUUCGAUCAAAAGUACUCUGGAAAGCCUUAAAUGUGUUUUCAAUGCAUUUAGGGGGAAAUCAUCGGUGGGUGCCCUUGAGUUUUAGAAUAAUAAUAAUAAUAAUAAUAAUAAUAAUAAUAAUAAUAAUAAUAAUAAUAAUAAUAAUAGAAAAAGACAUCGCGCACAUAAAUUUUACUUUACGAUAUCUUCAGCUGUAUCUUCUAUUCAGCUGCAUAGCGGGGGUCAGAUUUUGCCUUUUUCCUGGGCGGAAAAUUGUCGUCCUCCUUCACCAGUUUGGACAACAUAUUAUGGAGUAAGACGUUGUUAAUCUAAGCAAAGAAGUCUGGUAGAGUCAAGAACCUAUGCAAGCGGCUGGACGAACAAUUUGACAGCAGCUGAGACAGCGAACGCUAGAAGAAUUCGAACUUGAAAACCAGGGCUGCCCUGUUGAAAACUUACCGACGGUCCCACGAUCGCCUUUUGUUUUCUGGUCAAAACUAACGCAGCGAACCUUCGGUCAGUCGAUUGACCUAGAAGCAAUAGUACCAUCCCUCCCAUAGCAAGUGCUGCAUUGUUGCGCGAACGCGGUCGCUAAGCUUGAAUAUUCACGUCGCGUAUUAAACCUGGUCGUUUGCGGUCAUAUCGAAGCGUAAAGGUCAACAGUGGUUUUUAAUGAGCGGGCAAUUAUUGUGCAGUUGCAAUGGGUUUUGUGGAGCAAGCGAGCCAGAAGCAGGAGCACACGUUACCUGCAGAUUAGCCGAUGGUUAUUUGGAGCGGAUUCGUCGAUUAUUCUCGAAUUUAUAGCACCUCGUGUGAAGGCGCGUGGAGAUGGUCUGUUUGUUUUGUAGCCAGCCUUUAAUUCUUCUUUAGUGGAUAGCACCUACAAUUUCAAAACUCAACAAAAUGCCACUUAAACCGGCCAGGAAAGACAAGGAUACGUUCAGUUGAAGGUAUCUUAGCUUUGUUUUUUUUAUAGUUUGACUUUUAGACGAUUUUAGUCCAAGGGAGUUUCGACGACUCAUCGCAUUAAUUUGUCCAUGUGCAUGGAUAUUAAUAUAUUCAUUCAGUGACACAUACUACGUCUGGGCCGCCUGUGGUUCUGUAAGAGUUCUGACUGAGACUGAAUGAAAUACACGAGGUGCGAACGUGUGCUCCUUGUAAAGGCCUUUUUUGUUGUUUUUGUUGUUGCUGCUGUUUUUUCGUCACUUGAAAAUUACUUUGGAUUCAGAACAACCAAUGUUAGAGUAAAAACCGAUCAUCCGUCAGUCUGAGGAGGAAUAAAACGUUUUGAACAUUUCCAAAGAGGUUUGUAGUUUUCUGAUAAUUGUGCAUUCGAUUUGUGAAUUGAUUUUGUGUCUAGUUCUUCGCCUUCUUUCGCCGGACUGAAUUAAAACCCGCUUGUAUUCUGUUAUUAGUAGUUACGGUUAGUUAUUUUACAUGCCCAGAUUUAUUUACCUUUGCAGAACCAGCUUUAUCCUUGUCUUAUGUCAAAGAACCGUAAUGCUAACGCUUGCGAGUGAACAAACUUGAGCGCUUAAAACUUCGGUCCUCGGAACUUUUAGAAGGCCAGCAAGCUUACUCGAGAAGAAAAGACUGCUUCGAUUAUUUUUCUGUUGCUCAAGUAAUAAUAGUCAGAGUUUUUUCCUUUAGUUUUUUUCAGUUUUAAUAACAUAGUUUUGUUAUCUUUCUGUACGCAAAUUUUCCUUUCACUCGCUGUGAAGUAGCGGAGAACGACAACUGCCGGCAGUGACUCCAAAACAAUCGACAUCUUUGCCUGUAAACAACCGCUGGAGCUGGAUUUGACUGAAGCGAGCAAAACAAAUCCUUCUGUGCAGUUUUCUGUAUUUUCUAAUGAUUCAGUUUGCUGAGUUUAAUUUGCUUAAAUGAAGACCCUCGCAUGGACCAGUUAUUACUAAAAAAAAGUAGCUAAUCUGGCUAAGUAGUCCGAAUCAUGGCUUGGCUGCGAAGUUGAAGCUUGCAACUCAUCUUUUGCUUUUAAGAUCUUUAAGUAGGUUGUUUCCGUACAGAAAAUUCACUUCUUCUUGGUCAGCAAGAGCCUUAAGCCUUAUGUUGAAAAUUUGUUGUUUUGCAACCUUAUUGAAGCUUUUUUUAGUUCACUUAAGCUGAAUUUUAUGCAUGAUGGAAUUGUUCUUUGCUUGUCGCAUCUCUUUGACAGCUUAAAGUGGCGUCUAUGGUCCUUAAAUAAUCCUCAAACGGCAAUUAAACAUUACACAGAAUUGGAAAGAAGGUUUUGCAAUAAUGUAACUUUAACUUUGUUUGAAGGAAAUCUUACUUACGCGUAGGUUUUUAACAGGUGUUAUGCACGUUCAACUUGACAACACAAAGCAAAAUUAAUCUGCGCGAAACGACGAAGUUUAAAAAACUAUGGUUGCUUUGGAAACGAUCUUGGGAAAGAUUAACUCUUUUUCUGCCCACAUAUCAACGCCAAAACUUCUGCAUUGAGGAUUUUGUUGAUAUUUUAGUGAUCUGCGAAGCUAGAAGUGUCCGCUCGAGCGUGGGUUUUCAAAUAUCAGCUCGAGUGCGACAAAGUUCAGUGACUUCAAACACAUUGUGGGCAAACUUGAAUUCAUUUUGGGCAGACUGUUAUAUACAAAGAUUGUUUUUGUGUCCAAGGUGGAGCUCCGGACUUUAUAUAUCCGGGAACUUCCUUAUAUGAACACAUUUUGUGAAUGCAUCUUGAAAAAAAUCGGACUUAUGCACGCACAUUUCCAGUACAACUCAAGGAAAUUAGUAAAGGUCGUUAAAGUUCGUUUUACUAUGAUGUAUUCCUCGAGAAAAUUAAAUAAUAAGGUUAUAACCACAGCUUGCAACUUUUGAAGACAAAUUGCCUGUUCUUUCCAGGUUUAUGGCCGCACAAACCACUUCUGCGCCAAGUCGACUCGAAAAACUGUUUGAAUUUCCCGCUUUUUUUCACCUGACCAACAUUGACGUCAAAGGCUGUUUUUUUCCGACAAUUUUUCCGACCGCUCUACGAAGAUAAGGGCCAAAAAACAGCAAUUUUUAAUUGCAAAUAUCUCGGAGAUACAAUUGAGCUGAAACUUCAUAGUAUGUUUAUUUGGUUCAUAUUAAACACAUUUCACUAAAAUUGAACUAAAAUAAAAAAGGUCGAAAUUUUGGUUCAUUUGACCUUUAAUCAUUAUUUAGUCGCCAUUCUUUAAUUCCGCUGCUUUCUCAGAAAGUUAUACUAAAAAUCAUAACCUAGUUAACAAAAUACCUAACCUAAAUUGCUUCUAAAUUUCUCACUACUUGGUUUUUUCAACAGGAAAAAAACGGGAAGCAAGUAUAAUUAUACGGACUAUCAAGAAGACUUCGUACAAAUGAAUUCAAGCCUUUUGACCGAGCCAGCUCGGAAUAUCUGCAAUCCAAACUGGGACUGGUGUUGUUUAUGGGCUAAUAGGGCUGGAUUGGUGAAAGGAGGCGAUUGUUUUCGUAAUACAAAAUAUUACUUCUGCGAAAGA